CCAGAAUACAGGUUUGUCCCGCUCAAUAAACGAACACCAGCAUCGUCGGCCUUCCUUGCCGCCCAUCGCAUCGGACACCAUGGAGAAGGUACUUUACGGAGAUGAGGCUUUACAAGUCAUCAACAGAGAGCUACGCAGCUCUUUGAAAGCGCGUCAGCUCCUCGGGCCUUUCAAAGAGCACUUCACCGAGCAGGCCGAAACUUUUCUCCACGGCGGGCAAAUUCGCCUGGCUCGCGUGUUCGUUGUCCCUCAUCAAGACACCAUCGCUGUGAUCGACGCAGUCUCCCGAUACUGGGAACGCUUUUUUAGCGCUUCCAUUCAUACUGGAUUGCCGAGCUGGAUGCCAAUCAUUGAAUGCGUGUUGGCGCAAGGCCCGUCGAGACCACUUGUAGCGAAAGUCCUGCAAGCAUCUGGUCCUUCUCACGUCACAGCUUUCUACCGCGGUCAGCUGAUGGCACGUGUCACACCCCUACUCCUCGUCAGCCUGGCGCUUCUUGAUGGCGCCACCAUGCACAUGUCGCAAACACAUCAGAAGGACGUUGUGCUCCGGCUAGUAGGCUUUCGCUCAGGAACCUAUCCGUUGGAUGUCGAUUAUCAAGGCUUCUUACAAACAGGACAGUCAUGGCACAACCCUAAUGACCUCCUACCAUCGUCCGACAUUCAGCAGGCUAUCCGUCUAUGCGGAUUUUCGGGUCUUGAGGAUGAGAUACACACACUAGGCUUCCUCCAGCAACAAAUGAUGACGCUUCCGGUGGCUACCCAAUACAUGCGCCUCGCCAUGCAAGCUUAUGAAGUAGCUUUCAUUGGCUUCGACAGCAAAAGUGUUUUAGUGCCAUUCCCUUCAUCCAACUCCGAAGCAAACUCACGUCCAAAUCUGCAGCAGCGGCAGAAAAAUCGACAGGAUGAGGAAGAUCUGGACAUUGACGCCAUAUCGCCCUGCGAGACAGAUCAAAAGUGCCAACACCUACUCGAAGAAGCUAUGGGAGCUUUACGUGAAUUAAUGAGCUCAGAGUACUUUACGUUCUUGCUCAGCGUCUUCCUAUACACUGACGAUGCUCGCGCCCUUCAAGGUCGCGCCAGCGGCAGGGAUCGACUUGGCUCGAAGGGGUCCAUGGGCAGCAACAUUAAGUUGAGAACUCGGGUGCAGCGGGAGAUCAAUCCCUUCGGCGACGUCGAUCGCUUCGCGAUCGGCGUCAUUGCCGACAAUCGUUGUGCGAUGCGCGUACACCGACCGGUGCCCUCUCAGACAGGGAAUGACAGCGUUCGACUCUUGCCUCUCGCUGAGUCUGUCGGUGGCAGGCCCAUCUACAUCAUCGCUUACGGCACCUUCUUUCUCUUCUUCCUCCUCGUUGCCCUUGCGCGAAACAUCCAGACGGUGUUCGUCGCGCGCUUCCUCUGUGGAGCUGCCGGCUCCGUGGGUGCCACAAUGGUGGAAGGCACUCUGUCGGACAUCUGGACCCGUGGGGAGCCUCAUCUCAUCGGUCCCUUCGGCUGCGCUGGUCUUCCUGACCUUCAAUCGCGAGAUUUAGCUCUCUGUCAGGCAGAGGAAGGGGCAGCCAAGCGAAAGGCCCACCCUGGCUGGCAUGGCCAGGAAGAUCAAAGCUUCGCUCUCGACCUCGCUCGUCAGACCGCUGAGGGAUCGGUGCCCCUCGUCUUUGCGCAGUACGUUAUCGCACAGGGGCCUAGCUUCGUGGGCAUGGCUAUCGACGCCUUGAUCGGUUUUGCUAUCCACCUCAUCUAUGUCCAGCGUUCCAAGCGUCAAGCCGGCAGCACGCCCGAGACGAGGCUAGGCGAGGCAACGGGCUUCUUCUUCUAUGCGUGGACCGGUCUGCCGCAACUUCCGUGGAUCGUACCCCAGAUUGCCUCGGCCUGCAUCACGGUCCGCCGGUACUCGGUCUAUGCCUGCAUUCUCAUUCACCUGUCCGAGUGCUACGGUUUGUAUACAUCGUCGGCGCUUGCCGCUCAGAGCUUCCUUCGGAAUGUGUUUGCCACCACCUUUCCAUUGUUUGCAGCCGAUAUGUACCGCAAGCUGACGUAUAGAUGGGCGUCUACGCUUCUGUGCUUCCUCGCCGCCACCCUCGCCCUAUUUCCUUUUCUCCUCGUCCGCUACGGCAAUGCGCUGCGCGAACGCUCGCCUUUUGCCACCAAACAGAUACUUGCACAGCUGCCAGUGUCCACGGCUCAUAGACGAUCCCUUGCCGCAACUGAAAGAAGCGAGAUUUCUGUACCGUUGCCCAUCCGUGCUCUGCUGGAGCUGCUGAUCGUCCGUUCUUGCAACGACGACAUGGACAAAUUCUUCGACGUCCUCAAGUGCCUGCAACGACGGGCUUGUCUGGAAGACGACCCAGAGGAGGGUUGCCUUUUGUAGAAGCACCGCCUUAUUGUGUGAUCAGGGCAGGCUACAUGCCUUCUCGGCUGCCACACACC